CUCACCCGAGAGGCAAGGAUCAGCAAAGCGACUCCGAGUUCGCCCUCGUAUAGCGUUCAGCGCAGUUAUUUAAACACAACUCUCACCCUCGUAUAUCUAAUAAAUAAAAUAUAAUUACUCAUACAUAAUUGAAAUGGCCGAAUAUAGACAUUAUGCAGCCCCCCAUCCCGAAUGGGCCGACUUCCCAAACAAUCUUCCCCCAGGCACAAAACCAAGCCUGGGCAUGACCAGAGAUCGCAAUCCAAUUACUCCACAAGAAGGGCUCGAUAUUUACGAAAUAGAUGUUCCUGUGCGCGAUAACACGCCUACCACACUGCGCAUCUACCGUCAAACUGCCAACAACGAUGCCCUUCCUCUGUUUCUCUACAUGCACGGCGGUGGGUAUGUCACGGGCGGUCUCGAAACAGACGACGCAACAUGUAGAGCACUUGCGUUAGAGAUUCCCGUCGUCGUUGCAAGUGUUAUGUAUCGUCUUGCUCCUGAGCAUAAAUUCCCUGUUGGCUUUGAAGAUAGCUUCGAUGUCGUCCGCUGGGCUGCUUCGUCAGAUGGCCAGAGCAAACUCAACACAGACUUGUCCAAGGGAUUCAUUCUUGGUGGCACCUCUGCAGGCGCAAACUUCACUGCCGGGAUCUCGCACUUAGCUCGCGAUGAGGACCUAUCUCCAAGCAUCACGGGUGUUGCCUUCCUCGCUGGGAGCUUCUGUCACCCAGACGUGAGACCUAAGAAGUAUCUGGAUCGUAUUGUGAGCGUGGAUGAGAUCAAUGAUGCACCUGGCCUCACACGAAAGUCAAUCGACUACUUUGCCGGACUAUACGGUGCUCCUCCCGAGGACAAGCGUCUAUCCCCUCUUCUCUUCGGUUCCCAUGCAGACAUAGCAAAGAAAGCAUACUUUGCAAUUUGCGGUUGGGAUCCGCGUCGGGAUGAAGCUAUUCUCCUCGACCAACUUCUCCAAGAAGCUGGGCUGUCAACCAAGUCGCACAUCUACUCAGGGUUACCUCAUGGCUUUUGGACGACUUGCCCUGCCUUGCCUGUUUCCAAGAGGUGGCUGCAAGAUCUCCUUCAGGGAGUACGUUGGUUGUUGGAAUAGAGAUAAGCCGAAAAUACAACGGGGAUGACGGUCGGCAACGGACGAAGCACACUCAAUUUGUUCCAAAUCUGUUAAUCAGUACCAUCAUACAUUCU